UGGGGGGUGGUGGGCGGCCAUUGGGGCUUGGCACAGAGGGUGGCGAGAGGUGGCGACAGGCUGGUGUGUCGGGAAGGCAGCUGGACGUCACAUGCAGGUCGGAGGUCGGACGUCAGUCACCGGCUCAGAAUCCAAACAUCUGGGGGGCCCACCCACGCCUAGAAGAAGCCAAACAAGAGGCUGGAGAGCGAGGGAGCAGGAGUCUGGCGCUCAGGCUGGUAUGAGAGAAGACGGCUGGGUGUGUGCCUGGGUGUGACUGAACACCCACCAGUGGAGCCCCUCCUCCUGCAAGACAUCCGUUUCUUUUGACCCGUCAGAAUUGAAAGAGGCGCUGAGUGGAGACCAUGUGGUGUUUGACGCUGCUCUUACCGCUAUUGCUAGUCAUCCAUGACGUCAGUUCCCAGUGGACCGUUUGGUUACCGCGGGACAUCUCGGCCAUGACCAACACCUGUGUGGUCAUCCCCUGCACCUUCAUGUACCCGUCCGGCGUCAGGCCGUACCGUGGCGUUCACGGUGUCUGGUACUUCGGCCAGCCCUACCCUCAACUCUUCCCCCCGGUCGUGGCCAAGUCGCGCACAGACGUUGUGCACGAGAGCUACAAGGAUCGCACCAAAUUACUGGGGGACCUCCAACAGAGGAACUGCACUCUGCUCAUCAACAGCGUCGGGCCAGAGCACUCGGGGAGAUACUACUUCCGGGCAGACCUCGGCGGAGCAAAUGUGUAUACAUUUCCGGACUAUGCUGAGCUCAAAGUUCUGGAACAACCCAACAUCGACGUCCCAGAGGAGAUUGUCAGCGACGAGACCCUGGAGCUGACAUGCUAUGCUCCCGAUAACUGCCCCGACAUGACUCCUGAGAUCCAGUGGAUGUACACGGACUACCUGCCUGACCCCGAGUUCAGCUCGGAAUCGGUGGAGGAGAGCAACACUGCGGUGGUGUCCAACACCCUGACAUUCACGCCCAGGCCGGUGCACAACGGGCAGCUGCUGGGCUGCAGGGUUUACUACCCCAACACCACCCUCGUGUACGAGAGGCUCGUCUCUCUGGACAUCAAGUACGCCCCACGCUCCGUGUGGGUAAACGUCUCCUCAGAGGUGAUGGAGGGCAGCUCUGUGACUCUGCAUUGCGAGGUGGACAGUAAUCCCGCUCCCAGGAUCUCCUGGAAGUUUGGAGACCAGGAAUUGAUGUGGGACACGGAGUCCAAUCUCUCCCUUACCUUGAAUGACGUGACGCCCGCAGAAGAAGGAGUCUACACCUGCAUCGGGGACAACGGCUACGGCGUCAUGAACACGUCUCUCUACCUGGCCGUCAAGUACCCUCCCCGAGAGCCGAUUGUCAACAGCUCCUUGACAGUUCUGGAGGGCACCUCGCUCGCACUGCACUGCAGCACUCAGGGCAGCCCGGCGCCAACACUUACCUGGCUGAAGGAUGGCGAACUGGUGGGCAUGAUAACUGCGGAUGAGCUGUCAGUGCUGGAGAUUGAGGGGAUCACGCCGCAGGGAGAUGGGCAGUACCGCUGCCUGGCUGAGAACGAGCACGGCCGGGCCAGCAGCUCCCUGAACAUCACCGUGGAGUACGCUCCGGUCCUUCUGGAUGAGUCCAAAUGCACCGUGGUGAGGGAGGGUGUCCAGUGUGUCUGCAUGGCCACGGGAAACCCGGAGCCCACCAUUGAGUUUUACCUGCCUGACUUGAAUAUCACCAUCAACGAAACAGAAGGACGGUACAACUUUUACACGCACACCGACGGGCAGACCUCCACGGGCAUGAUCAAGCUGCGGGAGAAAGGCGAGCGCGUCAACAACGGCGGUCCUGCCGUCAACGUCCAUUGCAGCAUCUCCAACAUGUAUGGCAGAGAGAGCGUUCUCCUGGAGCUGCAGCAGGAGAAGAAGUACUUGAUGGCCGUGAUCGUCGGUACAAUAGGAGGAGUGGCCGUUAUCGCCUUCAUCAUCGCCGCUGUGAGAUACGUCGGCCACAACAACAAGAAAGAGAAUGGCUACCCUAGGCAGGACGUGGUCCUGGAGAACCCCGCUUUGUACUACAGCGCAGUCAAGAAGGACAAACAAAAUCUGAGGAAGAAAGUGCUUAAGACAGAGCUGUUGGGCUCAAAGUUUAACUCCAUUCUAGAGGAGACCACGGGAGAAGACGGGGAUUUCCAACCUGCGGGCUCUUUGGCAGAAAUGGAGAGGCGAGAGCUGAACUACGCCGCUCUGGAGUUUGGCGGGGGCAGGCCCAGGGAGGGGGCCUCAGGGAGGGGGGAUGACGGCAGCAGCUACGCGGAAAUCAAAGCCAAAUGAAUCGCCAUCCUUCCCUGAUGCCUCGACGACGCGAGACGCAGCGGCAAACCUCGCCACGUAGAACUUUUACACGACGCCGGUUUUCUUUCCUUCAGAUCGACACAGUGCUAAACCUUCCUGCACGGAUCCACCGGGCAUCACAAGCGAUGCCGUUUACUAGAAAUACCCUCUCUGUCUUUUUCUGCUGUUGGCGUUUGAGCGUUUCGUCUGUUUGUCGUUGUCACUGUGUCUCAUGUCCGUCAAGGCGUGAGGGGAGGGAAACUGUGCUUUUCUUCUCUUCUACUGUGUGUCACCUGACAGGGAUCCCUCCCCUACAGAAGCCCGAAGAGGUCACACACUCAUACUUGUCAUUUACACUCGUUUCUUAUUCUCUGCUUUUUGUCCCUCGGGAAAACAAA